CUACUAUCUCGGUCACCUUGCGGUCACCAGUAUAUACUCGUCUUCCACGCAGCCUCGAAUGUAAGAGUUUAAUCGCAAUGUACUUAAUCCGUAGAGGAACCUGAGCUCAUGUUGAGCCAUUCACGCUCAGUGCAAGGCUAUGGUAGUGCUCUAGUCCACAAUUUAGGAAGGGCUACCAUCCCUCAAUGUGAUCAUCCUCGAGAACAUGACAGCUGCUACUGUCUGGUCAUGAGUCGUACAUGCUCCCCGUCUUUUACUCUUGAACGAGGUAGAAUAUUCUGCCGACUGCAUUAAUAGCGAACACAUCACCACAUGAGCGGGAUGCUACGGCAAAUUUGCAAGGAUGAAUACCACUUCUAUGAUCUGCAGACUCCUGGAUGCCAACCGCGCUAUCCUUAUGGAGGACCGUUGCCUGCAUCGUAUCCACCAUGGGUGCAUAUAAAAUCACUCCUCACGGUUCAGGCUCCAUAGUCUCUUACUUUGCAGGAGAUAGAACACCGCUAUGUUCACGCUCUACCUAUCGGUCCUGUUCCCGCUCAUCGCACUCGCUGUAUGUGCUCCUAACGUGACAUCGAUGCCAUCGCUGAAUACCAUAGCAAAACAACAUCGUAAGUUGUAUUUUGGAUCAGCCACAAACAAUGUCGAGUUUGUGAACGAUACUGCGUACCGGGAUAUCCUACAAAACAACAGAAUGUUUGGGCAGAUCACGGCUGCUAAUAGUAUGAAAUGGGGAAGUACAGAGCCGUUUCCAGGAGUGUUUACAUUUGACGACGCUGACCAAGUUGUCCAAUUCGCGAAGACAAAUGGUCAAAUUCUUCGCGGACAUAACUGUGUAUGGCACAAUCAUCUCCCAGAUUGGGUUUUGAAUGGAACAUUUACCGAGUCCGAGAUCUUAUCGGUCGUGCAACGACAUUGUGGCACACUUGUUGGACGUUACCGGGGACAAAUCUAUUCUUGGGACGUCGUCAACGAGGUUAUCAACGAUGAUGGGACCUUCCGGGAGACUCUGUUCUUCAACUCGUCAGGCACCAAAUAUAUCGCAACUGCCUUUCACACCGCCCGCGCUGCAGACCCUUUCGCCAAACUCUAUGCCAAUGACUUCAAUAUUGAAGGUCCCGGUCCAAAGUCCACAGCCUAUCGGAACCUUAUCAAAGACUUGAAGAAGGAAGGUGUCCCGAUUCAGGGUCUCGGUAUUCAAUCACACUUGGUUGUCGGCGAGCUUCCUGUGAACAUCAAGGAAAACCUCGAAGCGUUUACGAAGCUCGGCAUAGAAGUUGCUAUCACUGAACUUGACAUUCGUAUGACAUUGCCUGAGACGCCCUCUUUACUCGCUCAGCAGAAGAAGGAUUACGAAACUAUUAUAUCUGCAUGUAAUGAGGUGAAGGGGUGCAUUGGGGUUACGGUGUGGGAUUUCACGGAUAAGUACUCGUGGAUUCCUAGAUCAUUCGCUGGGGAGGGUAACGCUUGCCCUUGGGACGACAAUCUUCAAAUCAAACCCGCGUAUUUCGGGAUUAUUGACGGAUUCAGGAAGUGAAAUAUCGCAGUCCCGAGGUACUCACGAUGACAAAUGUAUUGAACAUAUUCUUGAUGUCAACCAAUGCGUAUCAACAGCAGACAACUAUAGCCAUGUACAACCUCAAAUCAUAGCAACAUGCUAGAUCGACUUAUGUGAAUCACUG